AUACCUAUUACUCUACUCUGUUUUUAUAUAGUUAGUGUAAACGUAGCGGGUAGGUAGGAACAGUUUUUACGAAUUUUCCUUAUGAAUUUCCUGAAAUUAUUAAUUAAAUUAGCGAAUAUUUUCAUGAAAAUUAAAGUUAUAGUCUGUGAGUCUAAAUAUAGAUGUCACUACUAGCUUCAAGUCGAGAGUUUUGGUUUUGAUAGCUUGCAAUUUGACGUUUAUUAUCUAUCUCCAAAAAAAAACAUAAAAAAAAAAACAUAGAAAUUAGAAGUGAAGUGAACGAAGUAUGCGUGAAAUAUUUACUUGAUUGGAAUUCGAAUUUCGAAUUCAAUAGAAAAAUGUGUUUUCAGUGUAAUAUGUUUUGAUAAACUAAAUUACAAUGUUGGCGUGACAAAUCAAACGCGAUGUUCAUUUAGAAUAGAAUACAUAAAUCGAGGUUGUUUAGGAUCGAUAGUUCAUUGUUUGAAGAUCGCACAAGGUAAUCGCCUUAUUUAUUUAAGACAAAAGGCAGAGGCUCCGUCCUUCACACGUUAGAACAUCGUUAUCAAUGCACGUAACUGAUCGGUUUAUUUAGAGGUGAUUAUUGAAGUAACUAAGCAGUGCAUGUAAGUACUCACGCUGAGCACGUCAUUCGAAAAUCGUAAUUACACUCAAAGACGUACAUUUUACUAAUUUUUUUGGUCUACUCUUUGCUGGUGGUGGUCUCUUUCGCUUUUUGCUACAGAUUAUUACAAGCUAGUAACAUAAUUAAAGCUUGCUAACCAGUGAUAACAUGUACUAGUUUUUAUCAUGGCUAAUGUAAAGAUUAGAGUUAACUCAUCCAAAACUGUGUCGAAAACAGUAAAAGGGAGUGGUAAAAUUGGUAAACACAAAUCGUUAUCAGGUUUUAACAAUGUGAAGACUCGUUCUGUAAUGAAAACUACUAACACUUCACUAUCAAAUGAAAAACUUAAAUCUUCUCUCAACCAGCUCGUGAAAGAUAAGGUGAAAGACACAGUGCUUGUAACAGAUUCCAAACUCAAAAAGAAGAUUCAUAUAGUGAAGGAUAGAUUUUUGAAUGAAAACGGACAUAUUAAACGGAAGAACAAGGAUAAUUUAAGAUUAUGCAAUGACAUUUUGAAAAAUGAAUUAUUAAUAUGCGACAAUAAGGAAAAACCUACAAACACAUCUCAAAAAAAUCAUUUAAAUAACAAUAGCAUUAUAGUCAGUGACCAAAAUUCAAACUGUGAAAAGAUUUCAAAAAACUUUUCAAAAGAAAAAGAGUGUAAAACAAAAAAAUAUUUGAAUAAAGGUCCUCGUUUGCGGAAAUAUCCACAAAACAAACGCAAACCAAAGAAAGGUGUUUUUCAAUGUGAUUAUUGCCAUAAACAAUUUGAUACCAAGUCAUCUAUAAGGAGACAUAUGUAUUUGCAUCUGGAUGUAAAGAAGUUUCCAUGCGGCAACUGCAAAAAAGUUUUCCGCAAACAGUUAUACCUGUCAGCUCAUAUUACAAGGCAACACCCAGAUUGGGACCAACAUUACAUGUGCAAUUUAUGUGACAAACCUUUCCUGUUGAGAGAAAACUUGAUGGUCCAUAUGGCUUCCCACACUAACACAGAAACAAUGUUCAAAUGCAUUUAUUGUAAAGAGAAAUUCUUGGAGCAAAUUGAUUUAAUACAACAUGAAAAACAACAUCUGGUCAGCGGCCUGUACGACUGCAUUAUAUGUGAGCAAAGCUUCGACUGCAGAAAUAAAUUAUCAAUGCAUUUCAAAACUCAUCUACGAGUUAAAGAUUUUAUUUGUCAACACUGUGGUAAGGAGUUUUUACGGAUGAAUUCGAUGAGACGUCAUGUACAAAUAUGUCAUGCUGGUAUUAGAAUACAGUGUGCAAUAUGUAAAAAGUACCUUAAGGGACAUUUAUCUGAACAUAUGCGGACACAUGAGAAGCGACGUCCACAUAAAUGUCCAGACUGUGGACAGUCCUUUACACAAUCAACUCAGUUGACUGUCCAUCGACGUUCUCACACAGGAGCCCGGCCAUAUCCUUGCAGAAUAUGUAACAGACCGUUCACUCACUCAAAUGCUCUCAUGUUGCAUAUCCGACGUCACACCGGUGAAAAGCCAUUCGAAUGUGCAAUGUGCCCCAUGUCAUUUUCACAAUUGCCACACAUGAAAGCUCACAUGAGAAAAAUUCACGGUAAAGAGAACCCUUAUAGGUGUAAAAAGUGUCAACAGUUUUUCAAAUUGAAGGUCCAUCUCGAAAAUCAUGCAAAGGUCUGUAAGGUGGGAGAAAAAGAACUUUCGUUCGAAGAGAAGAUAGAGGCUUCGAUCAAGGUGGAAGAGGAAGAAGUUGUUGAGUCGGUCAUGAGUUUGUCACGCAUGAGAUUCUUACUGGCUCUCCUACUCACAAUGAUUGCUACCAAAGAGAAACUGCAAUAUUUAGGUUUCAACAAACGUCUAAUAGAUGAUCUGCUAGUGGAAUCGCUGGAAGCCAUGGGUCAUUCUCCUUGCAUUGACGAAACUCUGCCACCUGUGAAACGGCUGAAAACGAAUAUAGAGAUUUUAUUGAACGGAACCGUCCCAAAGGAACAGAUGGUGAAGUUUAAGAAGGAGCAUAAACGUACCGAGGAUAUACUGGAACUUCUUACUGAUGAGAAGAAAUAGAAAAAUUUGAACUACAACGACUUGCAUUCGUGGUUAACUGAGCAUUCUGCCGAUAUUCACGACGUGAGAUAUUAUACCCGUACGGGCAUAAUAUUUGAUGAAGUAAUCGUGAUAUGACGUAAAUAACUUAAUAUCUAAGAUGUCUCCUAAAAUAUGGUCAGUACGGCUAUUGUCUUUCUACCCCUCUGAGAGAGAAUAAUAUGACCGUUUUAUAAUUAUUUAAUUAUUAAAAUUACGUGAAUAAAGUUAUUUUGUUAGAGUAUCUCAACAAAAAGAAAAUCAAAGACAAAACAAUUAUUAAGGCUUGCCAUAAAAGUGAUGACUCCAAAGCUUUUAAUUUAUCGUAGGUAUUUUAACUUGAUUUGACUUUUACUAGUAUGUAGUUAAGAUUUUAAUCUAUUUAUUUGUAAAAUGUUAAAGUGUAAAUAUUAAAUCAUGAGUUGCAACAUUUUUAGUAGGUUAACAGCUGAAAUCAACAAUAAUCUUAACUGUAUUCUAUCUAUAACUCACUUAGCAAUGUUGUUAUCUAUUUGUUACAAAAAACAAUACAAUUUUUGACAAAAAACAACGUUGCUAAGUAAUUUAUCGUCUGUUUACAGAUAGAUUGAUUUUAUGUAUUAUUAAUCUCGGUUGUUAUGCAGAAACUUCAAAAACAACAAUGAAAACCAAAGACAGUUUGCCUUUCAUUUAAAUUUCUGUGACUAUUUUAUAAAAUAAUAAUAAGGAACAUAAAUUGGUAUAAUAAGGAAAAUAUAAGAAUAUAUAAGAUAAUUAGGAAAUAUCGUUUUAAUUAUUUAUUAAUAUUUUGUGCCAUUAAUUAUUAUAUUAUUGUUAAAGGUAUUUGUUUGGGUGGUUAUUUUAAUUUAUAUAAUAUUCACAUUUAAAAUAUUUACUUUAUUAAUGUUUAAUUGGGUAUUGAAUUAAGUUUUAACUAAAACAAACUCGUUAAUGUAAAUAUAUUUGAUUAAUUUUCUAGUGUCCCAGUGCCAUUCCUUGUUGGUUUGCUUAUUUGUUUGAUAAAAGUAAAAUUAAGUUAUAACUUCUUCCAAUAUAUUUUAUUCAUAAAAAUAAAAAUCAUUAUAUUAUUGUACAUUAAAAAUUAUGUAAUAACUAUACAAUUUUAUAAGACAGAAAGAUAAAUAUUAUCAUGAAUGGAUUUUUUUAACAAAUAAUUUAUUUGACAUGAUUUAUAUUUUUCCAGAAUAAUCUGUUUUUAGAAAUAUGUAUUUAGCUUUAGCGAAUAUCAACACUACAUGCUUUGACUUUAGAUUAUAAUAUUAUAUACGCGAAUAAACUUUCCAUAAAGAAGAGAAUAAAUAUUUGAAAUUCGUUAAUUGCUUGAGAGGCAAUGAUAUUGCGAUUAAUAUAAAAUUCUACCAUACAUUCAAAUUGCUAAGGGGGAAAUGAAAUUCAAAUUAGUUUUUUUAUUCGCUACGUAUCUUAUAAACAGGUUUAUAAUCUAAGGCAUUGUACAUAGUAUGUGUGAAACAAUGCUAUUUUACAUUAGUUUAUAUUACAUGGCAAAUGUACCAGUGUUGUUAAGCAAAUGUUAUCGAAUCGAGUGUUUAGAUUAUAAUAUUAUAAUAACAAUACAUAUGUAUAAUUGUAGUGUAAUUAAACGGCUGUAUAAAACUAAUAUUACUGGAACGGUUCAAAUGGAAAUAGACAAUAUUUAAUAUGCAUGCCCUAGUCUGUAAUUGUUACAAAGAUAUUAUGGAAGAGAGUGUAUCAAGUGUUCAAAGUAUGAAGUAUACAAAGCAGGCUGGGUACGAAAUUACAAUGUUGUUUUGGGUGCGGUCAAUGA